ACCGGGGGAUGCUGGGCUCGGUGAAGAUGGAGGCUCAUGACCUGGCCGAGUGGAGCUACUACCCGGAGGCGGGCGAGGUCUACUCUCCAGUGACCCCAGUGCCCACCAUGGCCCCUCUCAACUCCUACAUGACCCUGAACCCUCUGAGCUCUCCCUACCCCCCUGGAGGGCUUCCCUCCUCCCCACUACCCUCAGGACCCCUUGCGCCCCCAGCUCCUGCAGCGCCCCUGGGGCCCACCUUCCCAGGCCUGGGUGCCAGUGGUGGUGGAGGCAGCAGCUCAGGGUACGGCGCCCCGGGACCUGGGCUGGUGCACGGGAAAGAGAUGCCCAAGGGGUACCGGCGGCCCCUGGCUCAUGCCAAGCCGCCAUAUUCCUACAUCUCACUCAUCACCAUGGCCAUCCAGCAGGCCCCAGGCAAGAUGCUGACCCUGAGCGAGAUCUACCAGUGGAUCAUGGACCUCUUCCCUUACUACCGGGAGAACCAGCAGCGCUGGCAGAACUCUAUCCGCCACUCUCUGUCCUUCAACGACUGCUUUGUCAAGGUGGCGCGCUCCCCAGACAAGCCGGGAAAGGGCUCCUACUGGGCCCUGCACCCCAGCUCCGGGAACAUGUUUGAGAACGGCUGCUACCUGCGCCGCCAGAAGCGCUUCAAACUGGAGGAGAAGGUGAAGAAAGGGAACAGCGGGGCCUCUGCCUCCAGGAACGGUACAGCGUCUGCCACCUCCACCACCCCGACUGCCACAGUCACCUCCCCGCCCCAGCCCCAGCCUCCACCCCCCGAGGCAGAGGCCCAGGGAGGGGAAGAUGUGGGGGCUCUGGACUGCGGCUCGCCCCCUUCCUCCACACCCUACUUCACUGGCCUGGAGCUCCCCGGGGAGCUGAAGCUGGACGCGCCCUACAACUUCAACCACCCCUUCUCCAUCAACAACCUGAUGUCGGAACAGACCCCGGCACCUCCCAAACUGGACGUGGGGUUUGGGGGCUACGGGGCUGAGAGUGGGGAGCCUGGGGUCUACUACCAGGGCCUCUAUGCCCGCUCCCUGCUCAAUGCGUCCUAGCAGGGGGAUGGGAACAUGGUGGUGGGGUAUGGCUGUGGUUCACGCCAGCAGGCUCUUGGGGCCUGGUCCUUCUGGUGACACGUUGCUUGUCCCAUUGGCUAACACCUCGUUUGGUCUAUUACUUACUGUGAUGAUCCACUGGGUACUGUGAUAACCGCCAUGGACAUCCUGGUGGGCCCGUGGGGUACUGCGAAGACUGUCAUGUUGAUUGAUGUUAUGGGUUGAUCCGUGGGGUGCUUCGAUGGCCGCCAUCUGGGACAACAUCUUGGGUGGCUCUUUGGAUUCUGUGAUGGACAUUUUGAUGGACACUUUGGGCACAGUGGUGAUAUCAUUUCAAUGGCAUAUUUGGCCCAUUGGGGGCUCUGGUGUCCUUGGCCACCAUCCUGCAUGACAUCUCUUUUGGCCCAUGGGGUGUUUGGACGUUUACCUGUGGGCCAGGUGACACCAUUGUGCACCAGGAUGACCACACAGCCCCGCGUGCACCAUGUGGUCAGUUGUCUCUUCAGUGCGGGUCGGGUGGGGUUGGAGGCUCAUCCCCCACCCUGGUC